ACAGCCGCCCGUCACCCACGCGUCGCCCCCGUAACCACGCAGUCGCACCCUCUCGCCAGCAGUCCAUCACAAUGGCUCAGAAAGCCACCAAGACGCUCGCCGCGUCCAACACAAAGCGCCUCAACCAGACCCUUUACACCAGCCUUGCCGUCCACGCCAUCUGGUGGCUCCUGCGUGCCUUCUUCUUCCGGACUUCCUUCUCCCGCAAAUCCCUCGUCCUCUACCUGGUCUUAUCCGCUCCGCAACUGCUCAUCCAGCUCUACUUGGAGCGCCUCUCCCGUCCCACCUUCACCGCUGAUGGCGCCGUCAGGAAGCCCGGUGAGGAUCUCGAUGCCAAGGGUCUGACUGAAUACAUGUGGGACGUUGUCUACUGGACAUAUGCCUGCAUUGUCCUGUCCGCCCUGCUUGGGGACUACGCCUGGUUUCUCUGGGCCAUAAUUCCGGCUUACAGCGUCUACUCGGCAUGGGGCGUAUAUACGGGUAUGAGAGGUGGAUACCAGGAUGCAGCGGGGGUACCACAGCCCCAGGCAAGCAAGAGACAAGCCAAGAUGGAGAAGCGGGGUGGGCAAAAGAUGCAGUAUCGUUGAGGACAUGCCUCACGUCAUGCAUCGGUAUAAGUGUGUAGGUUAAUAGUUCUUCUACAUGUGCAAUGUCAUGAGCCAUUGCUCUCCACAUGCA